GCGGAAGUGAAUCUGAAUAUUGAGAUUAUUCACAAGAAUUUUAGGCAAAAUGAAUCUUAUUCCUUCGAUAUUAAGUAAAGAUAAUUUAAAAUGAUAAAAUUAGAUGUGAAUAGUGCAUAGCUAUAAAGAUGAGUUUCAUGAAGAAGCUGGUGGGGAUGAGGUCGGGGUCAGACGCGAGACAGUCCCACGUUCAGGACAAUUCCCUGGGGCUGAUGCACCUUCGCAAGCUGUUUGCAGAAUUCCGACACCCUGCUCCUAAAGCCACACAGAAGGAUCAGGAAGACAAGCUGUACACCAUGCUACCUCUGUUCUGUAAGGUGUUUGAAAAUGCUCCCGCCAAUGAGAUGACAGAAAAGUGGGGCGACAUCCUUCAGUUUUGUAGUCAUGUGUCGAAACUGAUGGUCACAGAAAUAAGACGACGGGCAUCCAAUCAGUCUACAGAGGCAGCCAGCUGUGCCAUCGUAAGGUUUUUGGAGAUUGAAUCUAGCGAGGACAACAGUAAUGGCUGGACUCUGCUGAGCACCAUCAACUUGCUGUCGGUUGGCGACCAGGCACUGAUUGACUGUAUGACCGCCGCAUCACUGCCAUCCACACUUGUCAAGUGUCUCUACCUGUUUUUUGAUCUUCCCCUGAUUCCUGGAGACGAAACAGUGGGGGAGGGUUGUGAGUUCACAACAACAGAACGGCGGGUCUUGCUGCAGAAGGUAUUUGUUCAGGUUUUGGUACGGCUUUGUAACCAUGUUUCUCCUGCUGAAGAACUGGCUCGAAAAGAUGACCUCAGUCUGCUGUUCAGUGCUAUCACCAGUGUGUGUCCUCCGCAGAACGUACCGUGGCGAAAGAGUGCAGCUGAGGUGCUCGUAACCUUGUCUCGACAUGGGUUAUCUCCCCCUGUUGUAAAGUACAUUCAUGAGAAAGGAUGUGUGAGGCAUUGUUUGGAGAAUAUGCAGAGACUGAAGGAGUUGUCACCCCUUGAGUUGGUAGAGAUGUUUGUGACAUGUUUUUGCUUUCUCAAAGAUUCCAGCGAGGUGUCACAAGUUCUGCUGGAUGACUUUCGAGCUGCUCAGGGAUAUGUCUAUCUGUCAGAGUUCCUGUUGCGCUUGGAGCAGGACCCCGCUGAAGAGACCCAGCAAGCAUUGCGUAACCUGGUUCUGUUGGUGGGCUCCCUGACAACAUGCGGCUUCACCGAGCUGAAACCAACACCCGCCAGCACAGGGUCACUUUUCCAGAUGCCUGGAUUCAGCACCCCACAGCCUGCUGGGAAAGAGGAAGUUCUUGUGAUAUCGAGUGGGGUUAGUGUGAGAAAUCUACAUGCAUUUCAAGUUUUACAAUCAGUAUUUUUAAAGUCAAACAGUAUUCCACUGUGCAGUACCAUUCUCGACGUGAUCAGCAGUAUCUAUCACCAAGACAACGCCAACUUCUUCAUCUUGGAGUCACAACACACACUGUCACAGUUUGCAGAAAAGAUAUACCUCAAACCAGUUGAUAUUCAGACGCGGUUCUUUGAACUGAUGGAAUUCAUUGUAUUCAACCUGAACUUUGUUCCCUGUAAGGAGCUGAUCAGUUUAAGCAUACUGGUGAAAUCACAACAUUCCAUUGAAUGCAGUAUCCUAUGUAUGAAGACACUGUUACGUAUCCUGCGAUAUCACAGCGUGUACCGGGAUGUGUUCCGUGAGGUUGGAAUGCUGGAGGUCAUGGUGUCAUGUUUACACAGAUACGCAGCACUGCUGAAGGAACCGCAAGAUCCAGCUAGUAUUUCAGCAGAGAGUGAGAAAGUGAACUGUAAGGAAGAAGAAUUGGGUCACCUAGUGAUGGAGGCUUUGACCUUGCUACUCAGUGGAAACAGCAGCAAUGCAAGUGUGUUUCGUGAAUGUGGAGGUGCGCGGUGUGCCCACAACAUGGUUCCUUAUGUGGACUGUCGACAACAAGCCCUCAACAUCGUGCAGCAGCUGGUGCUAUCCCCUGGCGGCGAUGAUGACAUGGGCACACUACUUGGCUUGAUGCCAACGGCACCCAUUGUUGACCUGGAUCUCAAGACACACAUUCUCAAGUCACUGUUAAAUGUGUUGAGAGAAAGUCACCGAACGCGAACAGUUUUCCGGAAGGUUGGUGGUUUUGUGUACGUCAUGUCGGUGCUGGUGUCCAUGGAAGGCUGUUUGGCUAACCCACCCAAAUCACCGUGGCAUGAAGUGAACCGAAAGGACAUUCUGACUAUGUUACGAACUGUUUUUAGUACACUCACAGUUGCCAUGAGAUACGAACCUGCUAAUGCAAAAUUCUUUGCUACUGAGGUGCGAUAUGACAGCUUAACGGAAGCAAUCCGCCUACUGGGAUGUUUCUCCAGCACCAUGGACAUACAGCCAGCCCCUGAAGAUGUGAGUCCAUCAGAGAGCUUGGAACAUCUAGGGGAGUUCUUCUGUCACACAAAGGAAGAGAGGUUACAGAAACCUAUCCCAGUCAUCCUGCUCUCCUGCUGCUUGUUGGUCCGCUACCUCUACGACAUGGCACUAGAUGCUUUUGAUAAACCUAUUACCAGUCAGCUAAAACUUGAUGGUCCAUCGGCGCGGAAACAGACGUUGUCUGUAUCGGAUGAAUCUCAGAUCGACCAAUCUCCACCACGACCAAAGCGAGGCAGCACGGGGAGCAUGGUGCUGAAUCUCAACAGCCAUUCUGACCUCGUCAUUGUUCACUCGGGGGCGGUACUCUCCAUGUUUCAUCUCCUCCCAGCCAUCGAAUAUGAACCUGACAAACAGAAUUCUCUAGAUCUGAGGCUUUUUGCUGGUGAUAUCUUGAAGUCCCUGUUGCGCACUGAAAGGAACCAGCAGAUAAUGUGUGAUGGAGGGUUUCCUCACGAGCUGCUCAGUCACGGCAGUGUGGCCCUGGUCGAUGAGAGUCACCCUCUACACCCAGCACUUCAGUACAUGUUCGAGAGACUGGCCUCACAGUCACUGACUCCUAGAGACCUCAGAGAUUUUCUUCGUCUGGGCUCCCCGCUAAGCUGCCGGUCAGUAGACGACACUGAAGAUAGUCUGUCAAUCUGGGAAGACCCAAUGUGCAUCGCUCACUCCCUCGGCAUGGAGGACAAACAGUCGACUGUCGACAUCGAGAAGAAGCUUCAGAGUGCUGGCGGAACUGUGCCCUUGACGCGGGUCAAGUGUCUCGUCUCCAUGACGACACCCAGAGAUGCCAGGAUGCAUGGCGCCACGGUGACCCCAGCAUUCGUGGAGUUUGACAUGUCGGCCGAGGGCUUCGCGUGUCUGUAUUUACCGAGCAUCGCCCCCCAGGGUCCCCCGACUCCAUCUGUGGUGGGCGGGGUUGUCGGAACGUCAGAGCCGGUGGUGAUUGGAGGCGUCGGCAGCGGUGAGCGAGUGUUUCCACCUCAAUCUGGUCUGACUUUUUCCACCUGGUUUUGUGUUGACAAGUUCAGCAUGUUCUCCACCGAUGCUCACCCCGUGCGUCUCCUGACGAUUGUGAGGAACCUGCAGGGGCGCGACGAGAAUCUCAUCUGUCUCAGUGUGACCCUCGCGUCACGGGACCGUGCCCUCAUCGUCGCUACUCAGGAAACAUACAUGCCAAACUCAGUGAGCGGCUGUGAGCAGGAGCAGGACGUGUGUCUGAAUGACAACACUGUCCGGUUCUGGUGUCCUGAACUCACCCAGGAAGGACAGUGGCACCACCUGGUGUUGAUAUUUCACCGUGCAGGCAUCAUGAAGAACAGCAGUGUCAGUCUGUUCAUCGACGGUCUUCAUGCUAAUACUCAGAAGUUGCACUACAUUUCACCAAACCUGGGUGGAGGUGGCACUGCAAGCCCCACGGCCUUCACCUCUGUGUUCGCAUACAUCGGCACUCCACCUCAACUACGUCACAACUCGCGGCUCAUUUUCAGACAAGGCCCGUGUCACUUACUGGAGGAUAUUGUCUCUUCUACCAUUGUUCAGCACAUCUACAAUCUGGGUCCCACUUACAUCGGCAGUUUCCAGGCAGCUGUUGGAGAAGAUGGCGAGGUUAUGCUUCCAUUUAUUGGUGAGGAGAAGGUCAUGUUUGGUGUCCACGCUCAUGCCAUGUCGCAGAUGACGAUCGCCAAGAUUCGCAAGGUUUACAACAAAGUGGACAGCAAGUCAAUCGCUAAACAGCUUGCUAUGUCAGCUCAUGAGAAUGCAACACCAAUCCGGAUCCUGCACAAUUCAGCAGGACACCUGGGGGGAGCGGCCCGCACUCUUGGAGCCAUACUUAUGGGAUAUCUUGGUGUUAGGACAUUCUGUCCGCGGCCAGUAGCUAAAAUGUUGGAUAACAUUGGCGGCACAUCGGCCCUGCUGGGUCUGAUUGCAAUGGCAAAAGAUGUCGAGGGUCUGUACGCGGCAGUGAAAGCGAUUGUGUGUGUGGUGCGCAGUCACAAGUCGGCAAUGUGGGACAUGGAUCGCAUCAGAGGAUACCAGCUUCUGGCGAUGCUGUACAAGAAAAAGAAGAAUCUGCUCAACAGUCACAUUCUGCACUUGACAUUUUCCCUUGUCGGGACAGUGGACAGUGGACGGGAGAGCUCGGGCAUUCCCAACAGGGCGUCUUUUGAAGACUUGCUUUGUGAUGUCCGGGUCUGGCACGAUGCCCCUGGUGAGCUGGAGAGAUCAUUGUACGAUCAUUUCAGAGAGCUGCUCACAGAAUCCGGUGAAUCGAAAAUGAACCAUGCAAUAAUGCGAGACAUUGGUCUGGUCUCGCGUCUGCUUCACAUCCUGGCUGACAACAAACUGAGCACUCUCACCAUUCACACCAUAGCAACAGUUGUCAAGGAACUACUUCUUGGACCUCCAGAAGCUUCUUCCUUGCUACGGUUUGGUCAGUUUCUAGUCUCAACAAUACCAGCCACUUCCUGCAGUGAAAAAAACAUCAAACUAGACACUAAUAACGUUGUCAUGGAAACAUCACAUGAAGAAUAUAAUCAACAUCAUACACAGAAUGAUGUUCCUCCAGACAGUCAGGCUCAUACCAUCAGGUUACGCAACAUUCUGCUCGACAUUGUGAACAAAAUAAUCGUUCAGGGAAAUAAUACAAUCAACCAACAAAUGUGUGAUGAAGUAGAGAAAGUCCUUGGUUUUGAUUGGCUGUUGCUGUUCAUGCAGUCACACCUUCAUCCAACCACUGUCAUCUCGGCUCUUCACAUACUCGUCACGAUCCUGCGCAUUCCAAGCAAUGUCACCCGCUUUCGGGAAGGAAACUUUGGUGGAGGCUGGCUUGGUGAUACGGAAAGUGUCCUUAAAAACCAAAUGGCAGCCAUGCUAGGUUUCAACCUGGGUGUGAGUGCGAAGGGCCACCAGCGUGAGGUGAACCACGAGGUGUGUCACGUGCCGGGAUUCCUCGCGCUGCAGUGGUUGCUGCCACACCACAACGACGUCUCUGCCAUCUACUUCUUCCUCAUGGCACUCUUACUCGGCCAGCAUGUCAAAGAACUUCCAACAGAUGUUGAGCUCAACCUUGAUGCCAUAUGGUCGGUGAUAUUUGGCGUUCCUGCCAGUACACCUGUGUCACUGAUAGCCAAGGAGAAGGUCGAGCUUGUUCCUGAUGCAGCCCUUGUUAUCUUGGCUAUGAUCAGAAGCAUGUUGAACCAGGAGGAAGAGAAGAACUGCAGUUCCCAGGAUUUCUCCAUCACACUGAUGCAGUUCCUCAUGUUCCUGUAUCACAACCAACAAGACUUCCAGAACCUCUGUAUGGGCGCAGAGUUCAUCUCGGGCCUGGCCGCCACACUCUUCCCCAUGCAGCCGCAGAGCAUCGAUAGUGAUCUUACAUCACCACAGGAGGAAUUUAAGCCUUUUCCCGAUUCUGAACCAGUUGUGGUAAUAAAGACACCUGAAAAAACAUGCGCAAGUUUCCUGACAGGUCACCAAGCAAGAAAAUUUAUUUUUGACUUCUUGCGGACUCUUGUGAUUGACAGUUUCAACCAGUCAAACUCUGCAAAAGCCUCAGUCAUCAUUGAUCUUGUGAUAGAUGCUUUUCCGGAUCAUGCUAGUCGAGCUCAACAGAAAGAAUAUCAGACUGAAAUCUUGACCAUGCUCAUGGAACACUUGCUUGCUGCUGACGUGUUGCUAGGCGACCAGGCUGCCAUGCCCAUGGCUGCUGGUACGAGCUACUCCAGCGUGGCUCACAACGUCUUCUACUUCGCCAGUCGCGUCGUCGACAAACUCUGGCAAGGCAGUCUACAGCUCUUGGGAAGUCCAGUCAGCAGUCACUCCGCUUGCUCUGCACCUUCACUCACUGGAUUCUCACACGGCAUGUUUACAAGAGAAGCCAAAGAAGUGUUUGAAUUUAUCAGCAGGCUUAUUUCGCAGUCAAAACGAAAAUCAUCUGGUGUAUCCCUCGACCCGAUCUACAAGUGUCUGAACCGCACAAUCCUGUUCCAGCUCUCUCGGCCGAUCGACAGUGUCACGAGUCAGGCCAGUGUUCUCGAGGCUCUGCAUAAACUCACCAACAGCAGAAGCUUGGUGUUCGGUCCAGGAAAUUACGACCAGGAGUUUUUGGGCUGUUUGUGCUAUUGUCUGCUACAACUCACAGAAGAUCCACAAAACAGUGCUGCUAACCUGAGUGAGUUGAAACCCCGCAUGACAACCUGGCAUUGCGAUCCUGAUGCAUCAGAUUCAGACAGUCCUGGCUCCAGCUCCAAUUCCCUGGCCACAACGGGCAGGCAGAACUCCGUGCUGGAACAAGGGAUGCAUGUUGUCGCUGUGGCAGCCAAAAGAGUUUGGGAUGAACUGUACAUUUGUAAAAAGCCAGCACUAGAGGAAAUAUUCAGGACUUCUCUCAAUUCCAUUAACAGCAGCACAAAGAAUAUCUCGGCUCCAGAUUUAAAUGCUGUCAGACUACUGAUUCAAGAACAGGCCUCAAAGAUUUGGGUGACCUAUGCCGAGAAUGAGCGGAAGACCUCGUUUAUGCCUCAUGACAAACUCCAGACACAGAUACAGUCAGUCAGUGGAAAACUCCAAAGAGUGGGCAGUGGAGUUCUGAAAUUUGCAAGAAAAACAAAGAGAGAUUUGCCACUUAAAACUUCACCAGCUUCAACAGUGCAUGUUCAUGACUUCCAUUUGUGGACAACAAACCAUGUGACACUGGUCAAGGAUGUAGUUGAAUUUCAACAUAAGCAAUAUCAAGAGAGUCAGGAGCACAUGGACAAGUACCUGCUGGAGGAGUGGCAGCAGAUGGAGGAGGAGCUGCUCCGCGUGCGCGGUCUGUGGGGGCCCAACAACACAUACAGGCUCGACAAGUGGAUGUUGGACAUGACAGAGGGGCCGUGUCGUAUGAGGAAGAAGAUGAUGCAGAAUAACAUGUUUUUUGUUCACUACCCAUACAGACCGGACCUGGAGGACAGUCCUUUAAGGUACAAGGUGGCUAUAAGUUUCGACAGUAAGGAGUUCUGUGAGCACUAUCGACCCCAGAGCAUUCUGGGCCUGGAGUCACUGCCGAUAAAACGGACAGGUGACGCUGAUGUGCUGGUGGACGAGAUUGACAGUGGACUGAAUUUACAUGACGCUGACAUUAUGAGCAUGCCAAAACUGUUACCGAGGUCAACCAGUCAGAGAUCAGGAUGUGAUGAUGAAGAUCAGGAUGAUGUCCCAGCCUCUGAGCUUCCUGGGGAAUCAGAGAAAGUUGAAGGUCAGUCAGAAAAUCAGCAGGAAGGUCAACAAGAAGGUCAGACAACCACUGGAGAAAGGGGAGGUAACCAGGCAAUACUCCGAAUAUUGGGAGAAAAGGAAAAGAUUUCCCACAUGUUCCGCUGUGCUCGUAUUCAAGGUCUGGACACCUCAGAGGGUUUAUUGCUAUUUGGCAAGGAACACUUCUAUGUAAUUGACGGCUUUACACUGCUGAAAACAAGAGAAAUAAAAGACAUCGAUACUCUACCUCCAGGCUACCAUGACCCAAUCAUUCCCAGAUCAUCAAUGAGUAGUGGAGGAACCAUGAAAAGAAUGUGUAGCAAAUUUGCAUAUGUUGAAGUGCGAGAAGUACUGAAGCGACGAUACCUGCUGCAGCCGAUCGCCAUUGAAAUCUUCUCCGCUGAUGGGAGGAACUAUCUGCUGGCUUUCCCGCGAAAGACUAGAAACAAAGUUUAUGCAAAAUGUAUGUCUGUGGCCACUUCAAUAACUGAUGAUGCCCAUCGGUCAGUGUCUGGUCAAAAACAAAAUGCCAAGGUGGAGUCUGCAGGUGGCUUGAUCAGCAGCUUGAUAGGAGAGAAAUCGGUCACACAAAGAUGGGAGCGUGGUGAAAUAAACAACUUCCAGUACUUGAUGCACUUGAACACGCUGGCUGGUCGAUGCUAUAACGACCUCAUGCAGUAUCCCGUCUUUCCCUGGAUCAUUGCAGACUAUGACAGCGAGGAUUUAGAUCUGUCGAAUCCAGCAACAUUCCGUGACCUCUCAAGACCGAUGGGAGGUCAGUCCCCCGAUCGACUCAAGCAGUUUGAAAAGCGCUACAAUGAGUGGGAUGAUCCACAAGGAGAAACUCCACCUUAUCACUACGGCACUCACUACUCCUCGGCUAUGAUAGUCGCAUCAUAUCUCGUUCGAAUGGAGCCUUUCACACAGCAUUUCCUCAAACUGCAGGGAGGUCACUUUGACCUGGCUGAUCGAAUGUUCCACAGUGUUCGUGAGAACUGGAUGUCUGCGUCUAAACACAACAUGGCUGAUGUUAAAGAACUCAUUCCCGAAUUUUUCUACCUGCCUGACAUGCUGUGUAACAAGAACAGCUUCGAUCUUGGAUGCAAACAAAGUGGUAUUGAGCUGAACGACGUCUUAUUACCAACUUGGGCGAAGGGCGACCCUAGGGAGUUUAUACGAGCACAUCGAGAGGCCCUGGAGUGUGAUAUGGUGAGUGCUCACCUUCACGAGUGGAUUGAUCUGAUAUUCGGCUACAAACAGCGCGGUCCGCCCGCAGUCGAGGCGGUCAACGUCUUUCACCAUCUUUUCUAUGAGGGCAAUGUCGACAUCUACAGCAUCGACGAUCCUCUCAAGAAAAAUGCUACAAUCGGCUUCAUCAACAACUUUGGACAGAUUCCUAAAGCACUUUUCAAGAGAGCUCAUCCACAAAAGAAGUUAAACAUUCGCCUGCUUGAUCCACUGCCAAUGGGAUCCUAUGGCUCCACCAAUGAUAAACUUUUCUUCCACAAUGUGGACAAUCUGAAACCAUCAAUGCAGCCUAUCAAAGAACUGAAAAGUGCCACAGGCUGCAUAUUCCAGAAUGACAAGAAUGUGUUGGCGGUGGAGCAGAACAAAGUGUUGAUCCCACCCAACUUCAACAAGUACCUGGCCUGGGGCUACUCCGAUCUCAGUGUCAGGAUCGGGAACUACGACUCAGAUCGGGCAACUGCUGUGUUUGAAUGUUUGGACAAUGGAGAAAUUUUGUGUGCUGCUUGUCCCAAUGAGAAGAUUUUCAUCACCGGAGGAUUCAGCUGUGUUGUCAAUGUGUGGGAGUACGUCCCUAAAGACCGGAAGGCUGUGUUGAAGCGCCCCCUGUACGGUCACACGGAGCCCGUCACGUGUCUCGCUGCAUCACAGGCGUACAAUGUGAUCGUGAGCGGGUCCCGGGACCGGACGUGCAUUAUCUGGGACCUGAGUCGACUCAUCUUUGUUCAUCAGCUCAGAGGUCACGUUGCUCCUGUGGCCGCCGUGACCAUCAAUGAUCUUACUGGUGAUAUUGCGACGUGUUCUGGGACGUACCUUCAUUUUUGGAAUAUCAAUGGUGAGGAAAUCGCCAGCACCAACACCUCGACUGGGAGAAACCAGCAGAUCCUGUGUGUUGCCAUGUCUCAGAUGAUGGAAUGGGAUUCUCAAAACGUUAUUCUAGUUGGCAGCAGCGAUGGAGUUGUGAGGAUGUGGAGUGUGGAGUACGUCCAGGUUCCUGUGGAAGUAAAGGCUAAGAUCAAAGACGUGACCGAUGUCGAGACGAGCAAAACAGACGGUAGUACAUCAUCGUCAUCACCAACAGCAGCACCGGCAAUCAACAUUCCCAAGAGGAAGAUGUCUCGUCACGGGUCUUGUGACAGCUACAACGAAGCACGACCCGCUAUGGACCUCCUCAAGGACUUCAAAGACCCCGAUUACCUGGUUGCUAAGGAGAUGGAACUCGGUUCGUCGGCCGACAGUGAGACCCACUACAUCAACAGGAUUAAAACUCGGAUCCCGACCGUGAAAGCCGGACAGGACAAAGAUGUGGAAGAGGUGUUCAGCAGGCUGGAUUCGAACCUGAGUACUGCGAGCAGUGCCAGUGACUUGUGUAAAGGCGAAGACGGAGCAAGCGUGAAUAGCGACAUCGAGGAGCUGAGUGCGCAGGAGGUGGACUCCUCGAGCAUCAGGUUUGGGGAUCACGUCGACACGGCUGUUGAUGCUGUGGCCGAGCUAAACGAGGCUGGGAUGGUGGAGUCUAGCGCUGGCCAGCACGAUCCGUCAUGUCCCAACCAGUUGGAGUCGAAUCACGUCCUGCCUGGGGCUGAUGGUGUGGUCAUUGCUGAUGGCAAGAGUCAGGUUCUAGAGAGAUCGGGGAGUCAGGGUCUAGAGAGGUCGGGGAGUCAGGGUUUAGAGAGAUCGGGGAGUCCAGGUUUCGAGGUUAUUGGGGAGACUGAGGUGCAGAAUUCGAAGAAGACCAUGGAGGAGAUGAUGAGACUAAGCAGACCAAGUGGGAAGCAUCAUCUCAGAGAAGGUUUUGUUUGGCAGAGACAGCUGGUUUUCCGCAGCAAACUGACGAUGCACACUGCGUUUGAAAGAAAGGAUAACAAGGAUCCUGCUGCUAUCACUGCCAUCACCAUUUCCAAGGAUCACAAGACUGUGUACGUUGGUGAUGCCAGAGGGAGAGUCUUCAGCUGGACGGUCACUGACCAGCCUGGCCGUGUGGUGGCUGACCACUGGAUGAAGGACGAGGGGACCGACAGUUGUCUGUCAUGUAAUGUCAAGUUCUCGUUCGCCGAGCGACGUCACCACUGCCGCAAUUGUGGCCAGGUCUUCUGCUCAAGAUGCAGUCGCUAUGAAACUGAAAUCCGCCGACUGCACAUUCUACGCCCAGUGCGCGUGUGUCAGUCUUGUUACAGCAGUGUGCGAGCCCAGCAAGUGGACACAGCAGCCAAUCAAAGGACAUGAAUCAGUUGUGUGCACUAAUUGGUCAAUUGAUUAUCCAGUCAGGUUUGACGAUACUAGUCAUGGAUGUUCUUAUGAUCAAAAAGUAACCAAUUGCUGGUCAGCUGUUUAAUGGUCUCCUGAUCAUAAGUAACCAAUGAGAUGUAGUUAUACUAGAGAACUAGUCCUAUCUGGACAUUUCAUGAUGUUGAUCCAGUAUAUGGGUUUGUUGCAAUAUUUGUCAUGGUAGCCAAAUAGACUUUGAAAUGAUGACUUUUAUGUCAAUAUCGUAUCACUGGAUUUGGAACAAUGAAACAGAUUUUUCUGAGAGUGAUGAAAAACGUUUUUGUUUGCUCAGUUCUGUGUGAAUUCUAGCUGUGAUGGAAUCAAAAGCUUUGACAGUGCUACAUAAUGCAGAUUUUUUUUUUUUUAGUUGUGCUAUAAACUGGUGUAAAAUAACUGAAGAAGAAUUUUGGGUAUCAUUAAAAAUUCUGUACAUAUGAGGAAUGACAAGAAAGGAAUUGAAGUGAAGAUGAAAUGACUGAAAUGAGAUGUUUGUUUGUAAAUCACUGAUCUGACUUUCUUGGGUCUCCUGUGUAAAAUAUAUCAAUUGUAGUAGCUUUAUAGUAUCGUCAUCAUUCCUUAGGAAUAUUGUAAAGAAAACACAAAACGUCAUCUCGACAUUGGACAUGUAGUUAUAAAAUGCAAUCAUCUAAUCACUGAAUGUGUAUUAUAUAUUGUGAAAUGUAGUUUAGACAUUUAAUACACAAUGCACUUAGACAUUGAAUAUGUAAAAAUAUUGUAAACUCAUCUAGACAUUGAAUAUGUAAACAUAUUGUAAACUCAUCUAGACAUUUAAAAUGUAUUACAGUGUAAAACUUAAUCACCUAGACACUGAAUAUGUAAUAUAUUGUGAAAUGGGUCAUAUAGAUAUUAAAUAUGUAAUAUAUUGUAAACUCAUAUAGACUAUUAAUAUGUAAUACAUUGUGAAACUUUAUCAUUCAGACAAAUUUUUAGCAUAUAUGUUUGGGCAAACUGGGCAUUUUGACAUUUUAUAUGUUAUUGUGAAACAGCUAUCUAGCCUUUGGAUGUGUGUGACUGUAAAACUUUGACAUGUAGUCAUUGAAUGUAGUCAAUGAAUGUGUAAUAAUACAUCGUGGGACUUUGUCAUCUAGAUACUCAAUAAUAUGUAAUAUAUGUGAACUGUCAAUUGGACAUUGAAUUUGUAAUGCAUUGUGAAACUCGGUUAACUAGACACUGAAUAUUAUUAACACAUUGCUUUCAAGUGUAUCUGUGAUAUAGAAUCUAGAACUUGAGAAUGAUUACAUACUGGUAGAUGUGCUGGUACAGUAGUAUUUAUUUUGAUAGCAUUAAAGACACAUGUUUUUUUAGGCAAGAAGAGAUAGUAGAACUAGUGUAUAUUUGUUCUUAAUAUGUUAAUAAAUUAUUAAAAGUCACAUUCACAUGCAUUAAGAGUUUUGAUACACACAGUUAUAGCAAAGAAUCUCACGCCAUUCCUCAAACCUAAUAUAUUGAGAUAGAGAGAGGGAACACUUUGUACUGAAGACAAAAUUUAAUUAACUUUUAGGGCUGUAAUGUUUGUAUAAAAUACAAGAGAUGUAAUGUGACAUUGAAUGUCAGUAAUGUGGAAUUGAAUAUCGGUAAUGUGGAAUUGAAUGUCAGUAAUGUGGAAUUGACUGCCAAUAUGAAGGUUGAUUUCCUGAUAUUGUGGAUGAGAGUUUUGUUGCAGUCACUCUUUGCUGUUAAUGUUGAUCCCUUAUUUAUUUUUUUCAUCAGUAUAUUAUGAUACAAGUUCAAAUGAUUUGCUGUAAAAAUACUCUUGCUUUAUCUAAUAACAGCUGACUCAACGCUUACAUUGUUUGUUUUUGCCUCAUCAUAUAAUUGUUUUUUCUCUUUAAUAUGUGCCAUUCUUAAAACCCAUACACGAAAGCUUAAAGGACGAAAUCACUGUAUGUAAUUAUAACAAGGCUUCUUAAAAUAAUGUGUUAUGUCCUGCAGCUGUUCUGUAAGCUGUGAGUGUUGAGACUUGGUUAAAAUGUUUGAGAGAUCAUCGUAACGUGGACAGACUGUUGAUAACUAAUUGUCAGAUUCAGAUACUGUAUUUUUUCUUCUAUUUUUGGGGGUAAAUUUUCUUGAUCAUAUUCAAUUAAAAGAGUGUUUUUACCAAAUUUGUUAAGUCCCAAGGACGUCAUUUUGAAAAAUAAAACAGAUGUAUCUUCAAUUAAAAGAGUGUUUUUACCAAAUUUGUUAAGUCCCAAGGAUGUCAGUUUGAAAAAUAAAACUGAUGUUUUAUGUUUCAAUUAGAACUACUUCUGUAAACCACUGGUUUAUAUCAACCAUAUGAGGGGGUUUAAUUCAUUUGGGGCAUGUAACUUUGCAUAGUAUAUCAGACUGGCAGUAUAUGGGAUUAUCUCCAUUUUCCUCAAUCUUCUAAGACAUAACAAGUUUUGUGAAAACACUCAUCAAGAUUCAAACACCCUGUCCUAGGCACACACCUUGGCUAUUUUGUGGUUUUGACACAUCUGUUUAUAUAAAGUAAAUUGCAGAUGUACGCAUUGUUCGAUAACAUGUUUACAAGAUUAUUGUAAACUAAUGAUGAGUGUGCUCUGUAUUGUGAUUGGUUAAUUACAUUCUUUUUCCGGGAUCAAAUGAAAGUAACACCCGGAAAGCUAAUGACGUCAUUAGAAAGCAAUGUCAUUAGCAAUUGGAACAGGCGAAGUUGACAGUUCAAGGGUCUACAGUUAGAUUGUAGCCACGUAUUUUUUCCGUAGAAAAAACAACUCCAUUUACAAUGAACACAACCAUAUGGAGUUUUUAGAUUUGCGGGUUUUAUUGUCUAUUUGAUGCCCACAAAUGUUUCAUUUUUAACCUCACUAGAGGAUCAAAUAGACCAUAACACCCACAAAUCUAAAACUCCAUAUGGUUAUCUCCGAAUUAAACAAGUUAAUGAGAACACGCUUGUCAUGUACACAUUGGUUGAUAACUUGAUUAAAAGAUUUAAAAAAAUGAACGAGCACAUAAUUGAUGAUAAAACUUGUGUAUCAGCUAAUCAACCGAGCUUACAAUGACGCAACAUCAAUUAACUUGAAAUAUGAUGAAUAUUGCUAUUAUGUACUCAUUUUACUACUCUGCUGUAAUAAUGUAAUUUAGCGAUGUUGUGUGAUGGCGUGUAAUGUCCCUGCAUCACAUACUAGUCUUGUUUGGAGUCCAGUAAACUGGCAGAUGUGUGAUGUGGAUUUCUAUGUAAACUUGCAUGUUUAUCAGUCCAGUAACUUGGGUGAAAUUUGUCUAAACCAACACUGUGUUUAGCAGCACAUUUGUCAAUCUCCCUUGUAGCUGGUUUAGCCAGAAUCCACAGACUGUUGCAUUUAAUAUUAAGCUAUUUGUAUGAGAUAAAAACAUUGAAAUACAUGUGGUAAAGUCAGGAUUUUUUUAUUUAAUGGACAGAUAAAAGUACUGUAGGUCUAAUUAGUAUGCAGUCAAAGUUGAAUCCAAAAUAUUGUAAAGCAGUCUGGCAGAUUUUGUUUGAAAAAAUAUACCCAUAUUCAGUUCAUCUUUACUAAACAACCAAAUAUUAGCUCAUUAUGACAUUAGAGUUGCUCAUUCAGUCAGAAACAGAAAAAUCAGUCAUACAUUGGCACAAAUUAUAUUGUCUUACAUUUUGUCAAAAAUUAAUUAAAUAUAAUUUGUGAAUCAAUUACUAUAUAUUGCACAAAUUCUUUCCUGUUUUUGUAUAUACCCUGUAAUAUAAUAUAACAUCUAGAAUGAGUUGCAUGGAAAUUCUCACUUUAUCAAAUUUGUAUAUAACCAACACUUCCUCGAAAAUGUGCAAUGAUUUUGGGCUUAAACCGAAGCCUCAGUUAAGUUGUAUAGAACAUGUAUUUGUGUCUGUGAAAAUAGUGAAGCAUACAGCUUUAGCUUUGACAGGGCUCACUCUGCAUUUUGGGCUUAAACCGAAGCCUCAGUUAAGUUGUAUAGAACAUGUAUUUGUGUCUGUGAAAAUAGUGAAGCAUACAGCUUUAGCUUUGACAGGGCUCACACUGCAUUUUGGGCUUAAACCGAAGCCUCAGUUAAGUUGUAUAGAACAUGUAUUUGUGUCUGUGAAAAUAGUGAAGCAUACAGCUUUAGCUUUGACAGGGCUCACACUGCAUUUUGGGAUUUUUUUAGCCAGUUUUGACAUAUUUAGAGUUUUCUUGAAAAUGUGGUUAAUUUAAAGAAUAUUUUAUUAGCCAAAGACUAAAUGUUGUAGCCACUUUGUAUAAUAAAAAUUAGCACUUGGCUAAUUUGGCAAUGGACAGGGUGAGUCCUGUUCGAAUGAAAUGAUGAUUUCACACAGGUGUCUGAUUCGUUUACAUUCCAGCAAUUCCAUUUGUAUAGCUUGUAACACUGUGCACCCUUUUGUACACAUACCCUGUAGAAAUAUGUACAUACUUAUGUACUUGUUGUGCUUCAUAAGGCACAAAUUAUAAAGCACAUGUUUUCUGUGCUGUAUAAAAAGAAGUUGUUUCUUGUUUUCAGUUGUUUUUUUUGUGCAAUAUUUUUGUUACUGACCAGAUAUUUAACCUUUAAUUUGUUAUGCAUUAUACAUGUAUUUAUUGACUGUUGUAAAUGCUUUAGAAGUAGAUUUUAUAUCUUCGUUUUUCUUUUUUUUCUGUUUGUUUUUGGGGGUUUUAAAAAAAGAUUGCUUGCUUCAAUUUUGGUAAAUGUGUGGAGCAUUUGUUUAUUGAGGCAGAAUGUGUUUUUUGAUAGAAAAUGAUACAGAUGUAAAUUUUGUGUGGAAAGAAAACAAGCUGAGUAAAAGUAUGGAUUUUGUGUCCUGUAGUGUAACCGAUUUGAAACACUAAACUUCAAUAAGAAAGACAGUGGUACGGCUUUUUGCCCAUUUGUAAGAUAUUAUAUUAUGAGCCGGGUUUACAAAGCCGUUUUUUCUCUUUUUCCUGCAUGUAGCUACAUACAUUUGCAAUGCUUAAACAUCUGCAUUUAAGAAAAACAGGCUUUGUAAAUUCGGCCCUGCAAGUUGAGAUCAAAUAGUGACAAUCUGGAUUAUUGCUUCUGUCUAUUCACAUCUUUACAGCUGAUUUAUCAAAGGAUGUUGUAUUUUCAACCAGUUCUCUGUUAAAGCCUGCCUAGCCCAUGCUUAAACAUGUGCCAUAUAUGUUAUAUCCUACCAACGUGAUAUAAUUGAUUUAUCCAGGGACUCCAGUGAACGAUCGUAUGGGACUUCAUACCGCAACUGACCUAACCACAUUUAUCUAGUCAAGACCAUUUUAUAUUAGAGUCUCUUUUUUACUUCUUUUUUGGGGGUCCAGUUUGGAACUGUCUUUUUAAUGCAAAAUAAAUUUAAACCUAAAACAAUGAUUCCUAAACAAUGAUUCCUAGACCCAGUGCUGUACAUGUGUAUGUAUAUAUAUAUAUAUAUAUAUAUAUAUAUAUAUAUAUAUAUAUAUACAUAUAUAUAUACAUAUACAUAUACAUAUACAUAUACAUAUACAUGUAUUUACAGCCUUUUGUCUCUACAAAUUAAUUCAGUCUUCAGACAUUUGUUCUUGAAGACGGAGUUCAGGAUGACACGAAAGGAGACCCACAUAUUAUGAAAUGGCCCGUCGUCAUGUUUUCCCAGAAUAGUGAUUGCAUAUUAAAGAACCCAAUACCAGGGCUUGUAGAAUUUUUACAAAAUUCACUAACCAUGGGAUCAGUGAUUUUAAAAAUAUACUAUCCACGAGUAUUAAAAAUUCAUUAGAGGUACUUUACUUAACACAAUUUUACUUACAGUAAUAAUCAGAAAUGUUACCAAAAGAGAUAGAUAGCAAUUAAAAACACUAAGAUUGGGGGUGGGGUUGGGGGCAGGAUAUUCAUAUUCACAAAAUAAACUUAAAUGCAGCAUUUGACAAUUUUUUUACUAUCCGUCGGGCAUGGCAAUAGUAGUUAUUUACUAGCCCAAUACUGAAUAUCACUAGCCAUGGGAGUGGGGCUACCAUAAUCUAGAAGCCCUGCCAAUACAGACUUGUUGUGAUGAAAAACAAUGAAAAUAAAAACAAUUCCACAGAAUUGUGUAACAACUCCAGUGAGCUCCAAAUGUCCCACCUUAUGUCCACUUUCCAUUAACGUGAUUUCGCAUGUAUUUCUGCUUUGUGUUGAUGGAAAUCGGGCCGUUGGGCUAUUUCACUUCAUAAUAUAAAACUCUCAUAGUCAAAUUAAUACAUUUUAUUUGUCAGAGUCAUUGGAUUGUAAUGAAAGACUGAAUAUUCCUCUUAUUAAUACAAAAGUUUUAGAGUUUUGUAAUUGUAUUCACAGAUAUUUUUAAUACAUUUAAUUAUUAUAAUAAUAUAAUAUAGAAAAAAUUGUAACAUAUUUUUAUUUAUUUAUUUAUUAUUUUAAUUUUUGUUUUAAUAUUGACUAAAUUGACAUUUACCAGUUUAAAUAGUUGCCAGCCUAAUGCUCAAUACCUCAACAUAAUGCAGUUUGAAAUACUUGAACACUGUAAGAAUACUAUUAGAAAGAAAACAAAAUUGAUAAUUCUAGCUUUAAAUAGUAAUUUUUCACCAUGAUGAUAAUUUUUAUGAUUUUGUAAGAGCUUUUUCAAACCAUAUUGUUAAAUGUUAGGCAAGUUCUAAAGAUAAAGUUUGUUUUUGUUUAAUGACACCACUAGAGCACAUUCAUUUUUUAUUCAUACCUAUUGGAUGUCAAACAUUUGGUAAUUUUGAUGUAUAGAGAUUUUACAAACCACAUACUAGUAAUUCAUUGUUACAGAGAUUUCAGUCUUAAAAAUUUUACAAGCUGUAUAAUUAAAUGUUAAGUCAUUUUGAGAGAUUUUACAAACCAUUUAGUUUAUUGUUAGAUCAGUGUUGAAGAUUUUACAAACCAUUUAGUUUGUUGUUAGAUCAGUGUUGAAGAUUUUACAAACCAUGUAAUUAAUGUUAGGUCAGUCUUACAUCAAAGAGAUUUUACAAACCAUUUAGUUCAUUGUUAGGUCAGUGUUAACGAUUUUAUAAACCGUAUAGUUAAAAUGUUAGGUCAGUCCUGGAUUACUGCCCAUGCAUUUGUGUUUGGGUAUAAGUUACUAGCACAUUGUUUGAUGUAUUUUAACAGUUGUCCUACACAUCAUUAGUAUCUUGGUCAUAUUUGUUCUCCCAAACCAAUGACAGUCCACCACCUGAUCCACAAGGAUGGGCCAUAACUGUAUCCGAUUUAGAAUCGGUCCUGUUUGUAUGCCAAUGUUGUAAUGUUUCAUGCAUAAUAGCAUGUGAAUAAAAACAUUCAUUAUUA